GCGUCUCUGCGUCAUUUGGGAGCGCCAGCGCCGGGAGGGAGGAAGAUGGCUGGUAAGAGGAAUGUACUGUCGUCGCUGGCGGUUUACGCGGAGGAUUCGGAGCCCGAGUCGGACAGCGAGGCUGGAGUGGAAGCGGCUGGGAGCGCGACAGCAGCGGAGGAAAAAGGUGGCUUAGUGUCAGAAGCCUAUGGAGAUGAUGAUUUUUCUCGACUUGAGGGAGAUGAAGAUGGUUAUGAGGAAGAGGACGAAGAAAACAGCAGACAGUCGGAAGAUGACGAUUCAGAGACUGAAAAACCUGAGGCUGAUGACCUAAAGGAGUUUUCAGAACUGGAAAAGCGAGAUCCCCAGGAGCUGGUUGCCUCCUUCUCUGAGAGAGUCAGGAACAUGUCUCCUGAUGAGAUUAAAAUCCCCCCCGAGCCACCUGGCAGAUGCUCAAAUCACCUCCAGGACAAGAUACAGAAAUUAUAUGAGCGGAAGAUAAAGGAAGGGAUGGAUAUGAACUACAUUAUCCAGAGGAAGAAGGAAUUCCGGAAUCCCAGCAUCUACGAGAAGCUUAUCCAGUACUGUUCAAUUGAUGAGCUUGGCACCAAUUAUCCCAAGGAUAUGUUUGACCCCCAUGGAUGGUCUGAGGACUCCUACUACGAGGCUCUAGCCAAAGCCCAGAAGAUUGAAAUGGACAAAUUGGAAAAAGCCAAAAAGGAGAGAACAAAAGCUUAUUGCAGGGACGUGUCUGCAGCGCCUGGGGAGGUGACCGGAGCUGUCCUUCCCCUGUGCAGGCACCACCUCCUCCUGGGUGUGAGGAGGAGGGGCCUGGCCAAAUGGUUCUGGGCAUGUGAGAUUGAGUUUGUGACAGGCACCAAGAAAGGCACCACAACCAAUGCCGCUGCCACCACAACCACCACAGCCAGCACCGCAGCUACAGAUGCUCAGAAGAGAAAGAGUAAGUGGGAUUCUGCUAUCCCAGUGACGACGAUAGCCCAGCCUACCAUCCUUACCACCACAGCUACCCUGCCAGCCGUUGUUACUGUGACAACUAGUGCUAGUGGCUCCAAGACCACAGUCAUCUCAGCCGUGGGCACUAUUGUGAAGAAGGCCAAGCAGUGAUAGACCUGGUACAGGACUGGACAUACUUCUUGUUGAAGGCUAGGAGAUGCCCCAGGACCUUGCCAAGACUGUGAUCCCAAGAUGUGGGAUGCCUCCAUGGACAUGGCAACCCAUGCAGUCCCUGGACUGAGGCUUUCCAGAGAGCUUCCCAGCAAUGAGGAGCAGCUUUCUGUCUUGCCAACCCUGAGAAAACAUUCUCUUUCUAGUCCUAGUGAGAGAAUCUGUUGCCCAGUCAUCCAGAAGGACCCUUGUUGCCCAUCGGGGCUGUACAGACUGCUUGCAGCCAUGUUAAUUUGGCAUCCAUUGCUCUAUUAAAAGUGCUAUAUCAAUAUA